CAUGGCCCGGUGCUAGGGAAUCGCCUCUUCCGUGCGCGCGCUCGCCCCUCCCCCCCUUUUUUUCGCCCUCACGCCCAGAGAUUCCCUCCGGUGCCCGUUUCCCAUGCAGGAGGCCGAGGAGAGCCCGGCGGUGGCGGUACCCUCGGAGUCCGAGUCUUCCUCCGUCGUUGCCGCCACCCCUGCUGGCGUCGCCGCGGAGGAGGGUCGGGACGAGGCCCCGGAGGCCGAGCAGCUGGACGGGCCCUCUCCGGAGGAGCCUAAAGGAAAGUCCGAGGCGGCGGCCGAGGAGGAGGAGGAGGAGGAGGAGAAGGGAGGUUCUGAGGCGGGAGGUUCUGAGGCGGGAGACGAGCCGUCGCCUUCGCCUCCCGUAGAGGCGGCAUCGUCGCCGCCGCCGCCGCCGCCAACACCUCCGGAGGAGGAGGAAGCCGCUGAGGAGCCGCCGGCCCGCGAGAAGACGCCGAGCCCCAGCUUGGAGGUAACAGAAGAGAAGGAGGAGGAGGAGGAGAAAAAGGAAGAAGAGGAGGAGGAAGAGAAGGCCUCCGAGCAGCCAGAAAAAGGAAACGAGGAGAAGGCGGUGGAGGAAGAAGAAGAAGACGAGGGCAUCUCCUUCAGCGACCCCGAAGGCUUCGAGGACGACAUCGACGAGGAAGAAUUACUUGGAGAUAUUCUGCAAGAGCGUCCUCAGGAGGCAGAUGGAAUAGAUUCAGUAAUCGUUGUGGAUAAUGUGCCCCAGGUUGGACCAGACCGUCUUGAGAAACUAAAGAAUGUUAUCCAUAAGAUUUUCUCAAAAUUUGGGAAAAUUACCAAUGAAUAUUAUCCAGAGGCCGAUGGGCAGACUAAAGGGUAUAUUUUUCUGGAAUACAUGUCUCCAACCCAUGCUUUGGAUGCAGUGAAAAAUGCAGAUGGCUACAAGCUGGACAAGCAGCACACCUUCAGGGUCAACCUUUUCACUGACUUUGACAAAUACAUGAACAUCAGUGAUGACUGGGAAAUUCCGGAGAAGCAGCCAUUCAAUGACCUUGGAAAUUUGCGCUACUGGCUGGAGGACCCAGAUUGUAGAGAUCAGUACAGUGUGAUCUUUGAAUCGGGAGACAGGACCACUAUUUACUGGAAUGACGUCAAGGAGCCUGUCGCAAUAGAAGAAAGAGCUCGAUGGACAGAAACCUAUGUACGCUGGUCUCCAAAGGGUACCUACCUGGCUACAUUCCAUCAGAGGGGCAUUGCUCUGUGGGGUGGAGAGAAGUUCAAGCGGAUUCAGAGGUUCAGCCAUCAAGGGGUCCAGCUCAUCGACUUCUCACCUUGUGAAAGAUACCUGGUGACCUUCAGUCCUCUAAUGGAUACACAGGACGAUCCUCAAGCCAUCAUUAUAUGGGAUAUCCUUACUGGACAGAAGAAGCGAGGAUUCCACUGUGAAAGCUCAGCCCACUGGCCAAUUUUUAAGUGGAGUCACGAUGGAAAAUUCUUUGCUCGAAUGACAACUGACACCCUUAGCAUCUACGAAACACCUUCAAUGGGCCUGUUGGACAAGAAGAGUUUGAAAAUCGCAGGAAUCAAAGACUUUUCCUGGUCUCCAGGUGGCAACAUCAUAGCUUUUUGGGUGCCUGAAGACAAGGAUAUUCCAGCAAGGGUGACGUUGAUGCAGCUGCCAGCCAGGCAGGAAAUCAGAGUGCGAAACCUGUUCAACGUGGUAGACUGCAAGCUACACUGGCAGAAGAAUGGGGAUUAUCUUUGUGUGAAAGUAGACAGGACCCCCAAGGGUACACAGGGUGUAGUGACCAACUUUGAAAUAUUCCGCAUGAGAGAAAAGCAAGUUCCAGUUGAUGUGGUAGAAAUGAAAGAAAGUAUCAUAGCCUUUGCUUGGGAGCCAAACGGAAAUAAAUUUGCUGUGCUGCAUGGAGAGACGCCACGAAUAUCUUGCUCUUUCUACCAUGUGAAGAACAAUGGGAAGAUAGAGCUCAUCAAAAUCUUUGAUAAGCAACAAGCAAAUACGAUAUUCUGGAGUCCUCAAGGACAGUUUGUGGUGUUGGCUGGUCUCAGGAGCAUGAAUGGUGCCUUAGCAUUUGUCGAUACAUCUGACUGUACCAUGAUGAACAUUGCUGAGCAUUAUACAGCAUCGGAUGUGGAAUGGGAUCCCACCGGCCGAUACAUUGUGACUUCAGUGUCUUGGUGGAGUCACAAGGUGGACAAUGCCUUCUGGCUGUGGACUUUCCAAGGUCGUCUCCUCCAGAAGAAUAACAAAGACAGAUUCUGCCAGUUGCUUUGGAGACCUCGGCCUCCUACUUUGCUCACCCAGGAUCAAAUAAAGCAAAUCAAGAAAGACCUGAAAAGAUAUUCCAAAAUUUUUGAACAGAAAGAUCGCUUGAGCCAAUCCAAAGCGUCAAAGGAACUGAUUGACAGAAGACGGACAAUGAUGGAGGAGUUCAGGAAAUACCGCAAGAUGGCACAGGAGCUAUACCUGGAGCAAAGGAAUGAACGACUGGAACUACGAGGAGGCGUGGAUACAGAUGAGCUAGACAGCAAUGUGGAAGACUGGGAGGAGGAGACGGUUGAAUUUUUUAUCAAUGAAGAAAUUAUCACUGUUGCAGAGUCAGAGUAGUCCAACAGCUGUGCCCACCACAUCUUGUAACGAGAAAGGAUUCAUCUGUUUUUCAGAAGGUCUUUCUACAUCUUUGAUGUUUUUAAAAUCCAUAUUCUCUCUCUGGACAGUGAAUGCACAGAAUUCGUUCAUUCUGACACACUGUAGUGCCUUUUUUGCCCUCACCGCCUACAGUGAGGUCUUUUGAAAGGCGCUGCUUUUAAAUUUUUAUUCCAUUAUUGAAGGAAGGUUAAGUUUAAUUUUUUGGAAAUCUGUCACCGGUAUUUGCAGCUUGAUGCACCAGCUGUGGUUCCCCUGUUGGGGCAACUUUCAACUGCUGCCAGUCCAAGGGCAACCUUGGUGUGCUCGCUGUAAACUUGUGAUGCUUCUGUUUGCUGAGGACUCAUCUUGUGUCCCAUGCUCACAGACAGGUGUGAGUUUUGUAUGGGGAAAGAUCAACAAGAAAGCAGUCCUCCACACCGCGUGCUUUAGUGUGCUGAAAGAGCACUACAGUGGGCUUUAUCCUCCUCCAUUCAGAUUGUGACAGGAUCUCUCCAGGAGUUGAACAUGGAAAUAAAGCGGACCUAUAUGCUUAACAAAAGAA